AUGGCUGGCGCGCAGUACUCGACGGCGUCGUACAUCACCCACGUCAUGCAGGGACUCUCGAGCAGCUACAACCUUCUCAAGCGGCUGUCAAUGGCGCCGAGCACGAGGACGACGCUCAACGAGGACAACUUGACCUCGUACAUCCUGCAGGACGAGGCGAUGCAGGAGGCAGAGCGGUCACAGGAGCUCUUGGCACAGGCGAACCUCGUCGCCCCGGCGAAGCAAGGAAGUCGACCGGGGCAGCGCGGACAGUCUGGCGGCGGUGGUAGCAGUGGCUGGAAGCCGGCCAAGGAAGUCGACAAGAAGAAGUCGACCAAGGACAGCGGUCGAGGAGGAGGAGGUCGACGUCGGGAGUGCUGGCUGUGCGGCGACCCCGACCACCUCUCCUUCGAGUGCCCCGACCGCAGUGACUCCGACGACGACGACGCCAAGGGAGGCCGCGGGAGGUCUGGCAGCCGUCGUCCUCGUCGAGGAGGAAACAAGCCGCGCAAGGAGAAGCAGUCGACCAAGUCGACCUCGGCGAAGGACGCCGACUCCUCUGCUGGCGGCAAGGCGCGGGAUGACAAGACGGCGUCGUGCUCGCUGGUCGGCGUUGUGGAGCCGACCGUCUCGCUGGCGCCGGAGGCUGGCGAGGACUUCCAGGCGGUGGCGGCAGCUGUGCAGGCGAACCCGGCGGUGGUCCUGCUCGACAGCGGCUGCUCCCACCACCUGAUGGGGACGAAGGAAGCCUUCGUCGACUUGCAGCCGAGGGGCUCCAUCAAGCACGUGCGCGGCUUCAAUGGGGCGCUGCAAGACGUCCAGGGUCGCGGCACCGUCACCCUGCAAGGGGAGGCUGGGAAGAAGGUGCUCAUCCCCGACGUGCUGUAUGUCCCGGGUGUGCGGGCAAACCUGCUAUCGUCUGGCCAGCUGAAGGAGCACGGCGUGAAGCUGCAGGAGGACGGCGACGGGAUGCUGCUCGUCUCGGCAGCAGGAGAGGUACUCGGUCGGGCGACGUACUCCGGGCGUGUCCUGUGCACCGACAUGCGUCCCUACUCAACGAGGUCGACGUCGCCCACGCCGGAGGUUGUGGCCCUGCGGGCGAUCGUCUCGAAGACGAAGUCGACGCCGGACAGGAUGCAUGCGAGGCUUGCACACGUCGGCAUGGACACCAUACGGAGCUCGGCAAAGCACGAGGUCGCCACUGGGCUGGACCUCAAGUCGGCGACGGGCGCCGACUCACCGUGUGUCUCGUGUGUUGGCGGGAAGCUGGCGCGGCACACCUUCCCCGACCAAGGCUUCGAAGCCAACGACGUGCUGGCCGUCGUCCACAUCGACCUGUGCGGGCCGUUCCGCGUGGCUGCCAAGGACGGCAGCCUGUACUUCUUGCUGCUGAAGGAUCGGAAGACCCGCUUUGUGUGGGUGAGGCCGGUCGCCAAGAAGUCGGAUGUGCUGCUGGAGUUCCAGAAGUGGCUGGUGUUGGUGGAGAGGCAGACGAAGAAGUCGGUGCUCAUGCUUCGCUCCGACCGGGGAGGGGAGUUCCUCGGGAAGCAGUUCACCGACUUCGUGGAUGGCAAGGGGAUCGUCCACGACCUUACCUGCCCGUACACCCCGCAGCAGAAUGGCAUGGCGGAGCGGGAGAUGAGGACGGUGGUGGAGUCGGUGCGGACGAUGCUGCUGCACAUGGGCGUCCAGCACCACUGGUGGCACCUCGCUUUGCGGCACGCUGUCUGGGUCCGCAACUGCCUGGAGAGGUCGGCGACGCCGGGGACGACACCGUACCAGUUGCUCACCGGGAAGAAGCCCGACUUGUCGCUGGCGCGCGUGUGGGGCUGCAUGGCGCAGUUCCUCGUCCCCGAGCAGCAGCGUGGUGGGAAGCUGAAGCCGAAGGCCAAGUGGGGCCUUCACCUUGGCGUGUCGGAGGCGAGCAAGGGCUGGGAGCUCCUCGACAUCGCUGACAACCGGGUGGUCACCACGUCGGACGUGGUGUUCUACGAGGACAUGUCGCUGGAGGUGUGGAAGUCGGAGCACGGGCCGGUGUCAGGACGGACACCGACCACCCUGCCAACUGACACCUCGCAGGCGACGCUGCCUCUGCUCGCGGAGGUCGGUGAGCUCGCUGCUGGGGACAUCGAGGUCGACCAUCCUCCUUCCCCUCCUCCCACGACCCCUGUUUCUCCCCUCGUGGCCAACCUGCGUGAACUGACUCCGAUGUCGGCCUCCGGCGAUGAGGGGAGUAGUGGGACGUCGCCUGCGGCCAAGAGCAUCGCCGGUGGCCGACGUGACGAGCGGCAAGCCGACGUGGGAGUGCAGGUUGAGGAGGAGCAGGUCGAGCAGGUCGAGGAGGAGCAGCCGGCAGGGGAGCAGGCAGCAGUGAAACCGACCACGGAGCCGUCGGCAACCGGGCGGUCGGCAGGGGAGCCGACCACAGGGGAGGAGUCGGCCAGGAAGUCGACUGAGCUGCAGCAGGACGACGAGGGGGAGGACGCCGAGGAGCCACCCGAUUUCUUCGUCUUCGCUGCCUUCACCAUGGUGUACGAUGUGGACGACGACGACCUGGCGUACGACGACGCCGAGGAGGAUGAGGAGUUUCCGGAGCUCGACCCCGACAUGCAUGCCGACCCUAAGCACCGCUGGGACAUCUCGACGAUGACGGUGAAGGAGGCCUUGGCGAGCUGGAAGGGCCCGGCGGUGAAGGCCGCCAUGGAGGAGGAGAUCCGCAGCCUCAUCAACAUGGGCACUUGGGAGCUGGUCGAGCGCCCACCUGGAGUGAACAUCAUGAAGAACCGGUGGGUGUUGACGACGAAGUACCGCAUCGACGACACCGUCGAGCGCGAGAAGGCGAGGCUGGUCGUGAAGGGCUUCACGCAGGUGUAUGGCGCCGACUACGACGAGACGUACGCGCCGGUGAGCAGCUACGUCACGCUGCGGAUCUUCCUCAGCAUCGUCGCCGUCCUCGACCUCAACCUGAUGCAGCUCGACAUGAAGAACGCCUUCCUGCAGAGCAAGCUCGACCGGGUGCUUUACAUGUACCAGCCGGACUACUUCAAUGACGGGACCGGCCGGGUGUGCAAGCUGCUGAAGAGCCUCUACGGGCUGAAGCAGUCGCCGCUGUUGUGGUACAAGGCGCUCAACGACGUGCUGGUAGGCGCUGGGUGGAAGAAGAGCCAGGUCGACGAGGCUCUGUACUUCAAAGUCGGCGUCGACGAGGGUGCCUGCUGGGUGCUGGUCUACGUCGACGACCUGCUCGCCGCCAGCAGCAGCACCGCGAUGUUGAAGGAGCUGAAGGAGCUGCUGGAGGCCGCCUUCGAGCUGCGCGAGAUCUCGCCGGUGCAGAAGUACCUCGGGCUGGAGAUCGUGCGUGACAGGUCGGCGAGGAAGCUGUGGCUGCACCAGCAAGGCUACGCCGACAAGCUGCGUAGGCGCUUCAUCGACGAGGAGCAGGGCGGUCGGACUCCAAUGACGCCAGUCUCGGUCGACGCCUACGCCAAGCUCACCUUCGACGACGAGGGGGCUCAGGAGCGUCAGGAGGAGGAGUACCGGCAGAAGGUCGGCUCGCUGCAGUUCGCGGUGACGACGACGAGGCCGGACAUCGCCUUCGCCUGCAGCAAGCUGGGGAGCGGCCUCACGUCGCUGGAGCUAGUCGCCUACGUGGACGCCGACGACGCCGGUGACAAGCAGAGCCGGACGAGCACGGGCGGCUAUGUGUUCGUCUACGGAGGGGCCGCGUACGUGGCGGCCGUCGAAGCCGGCAAGGAGGGACGCCAACUUCGCUUCCUCCUGGCAGAGUUCCGGCAGCUGGACGCCGGAAGGCCGACCGUCCUGAGGGUGGACAACAAGUCGGCCAUCACGGUCGCCGAGGGCAUGGGGUUGACAGGCAACCUCAAGCACAUGGAGCGGCGACAGGCUUGGCUGCAGCACAUGGUGAAGCGGGGGAAGUUUUCGCUGCAGUACAUUCCGACCGCUGAGCAGCCGGCCGACUUCCUGACGAAGGCGCUGCACUAUCCGGCCUUCAACCGGUGCUCCGUCGCAAUCGGCCAGGUGCGCUUGGACGACGUGGGCGAUGGUGACGAUGACGACGUGCAGCAGUAG